CAGCUGAUCUAGUGCACUUGCUAAACCUGCACAAUACCACAGGAGUGACGGCUGGAGAACUUCAGAGGGACAAUGAGUAGCAUGGCAAGAGAGAUCCUGGCGUUUAUACUCACUACGUCGGGCUGGGUGCUGGUGUCCUCCACUUUACCUACAGACUACUGGAAGGUGUCUUCAAUCGACGGCACAGUUAUCACCACAGCCACCUUCUGGUCCAACCUGUGGAAAACUUGUGUGACUGAUUCUACUGGAGUGUCCAACUGCAAAGACUUCCCUUCAAUGCUGGCACUGGACGGUUAUAUCCAGGUGUGUCGAGGUCUGAUGAUCGCUGCUGUCUGUCUUGGUUUCUUUGGAUCUAUCUUUGCUCUGAUCGGCAUGAAGUGCACUAAGAUCGGUGGUCUUGAUGAAACCAAAGCCAGAAUCGUCUCCUUUGCAGGGCUCAACUUUGUUUGUCUUGGUCUGUGCUCUCUGACCGCCUGCUCCCUCUACGCUCACAGGAUCACCUCUGAGUUUUUCGAUCCUAUGUUUGUUGCGCAAAAGUAUGAACUGGGCGCCGCGUUGUUCAUCGGCUGGGCGGGAUCGACGCUGUGUAUCCUCGGAGGAGCGCUGUUCUGCCUCUCGCUGUCUGAAGGCAUGAGCAGCAGCAGUUCGCCGUAUCCGUCGGACAGAAGGGCUUUUGUCAACAGCGGAGUCUCUGUAAUGUCCCGUGCGGCACCACGGAGUCAGUCGUCACACGCGAGGAGACCUCUGCCAGAAUACACCAGCCCUUCACAACAAUUCGACAAGAACGCCUACGUGUAACACAGUGCUGAAGUAUGGUGUAAUAUCUCGUUGGGUUUUGUCGCUCUUUUAGUGCCUUGGGAUGGCCAGCACAUGUUGUGUAUCAGAUUUGGUCAGGAUUAUUAUUUGCCUCCUACUGUGAUUUCAGCAGCAUGUUUAUGUUUACGCAGCACUGCAUGAGAUCAUGUCAUCUGUUGAUAGUUGUGUUGUGCUCCACCAUUUCGGGUGAUUAUUCAUUUCUGGCAGUAUGUGGUGUUGAUCAGUACAUCAGUCCCGGUCCAAAGCAGGACAAACAGAAUCAGGUUUCAGGAGACUGUCGAAUGAAAUUACAUUUCAACACAGAUUUGAGUUUCAAUAUUAUUUGAAUUUCUAACUUCAAAGAUUGUAUUGCCUGUUUUGCCAAGCCUCAAAAAUGAAUGUGAUUAAGAAUGUUUUUUGUUCUUGUUGUUGUUGAUGUUUAAUAAAUAUUCAAUAUAA